AUGAACCAUGAGCUCUCAUCUGAACCUGCUCAGAACUCUCAUAACAAUCUGCAAUGUUUACAUAUGACGCAUACAUGAAGAAUAAAACGGAGAGCGUUUUCAAAGCAUCAAAUAGCAUGGUGAUGGACUAUUGUGGCAAUCCUUAAUCCUCAUGACGGAUUUACAGAACCGUGAUCGAGAGCAUCACGGUGUGAGUGACACUUUGAGGGAUAUUUAAUCACCACCAACAACGAUGUCGGUUUUCCACGUUUUUUGCUUUGCUCUCUUACAAAUGCUGUUUUUAACGAAAACAUACCUCUGUGUGGAAAGUGACUUUUGUGAACCUGUGCUACUUGACAGUGAACAUUUCCCAAGUCACCUCAUCAAAAUGAGUGGCAAACUGAGCAAAGAACGUGUUGUUUACAGAUUACGCGCUUUUAAUCAGGAAUUUUAUCUUAAUCUUCUGCCUGACUCCAGUUUUCUUGCUCCUGAUGGCAUAUUUCAGUAUGACACUUCAUCUGUAGGAUCUGAUUUUAGACGGUGCUUUUACUCCGGUGAUGUUAAUACAGACACGAAUUCAUUCGCAGCCCUCAGUCUCUGUCGAGGUGUCCGAGGAGCGUUUUCUUACAAUGGGAUGGAAUACCUUCUCGAACGCAGGUCGAGCAAUGCAACUCCAGGACUGACUUCAGAUGAUGCUGGAAAAACGCACAUCAUCCGCAGGACAAGACACAUUCACAGUCCAUUCACUGCAAACUCAACAUCUCGGUGCGGAGUUGCAUCUGCUUCAAACCAGGGCGUUGUGGGGUCAUUAGAAAAGUACAGACAAUUAAAGGGACAUAAAAGGAACUUGACAGAAACUUUGUUGAAAAGCAUAAGCAGAUCGAAAAGGUUCGCCUCUAUACCAAGAUACGUCGAGGUCCUGGUUGUUGCCGAUGAGUCUAUGGCAAAAUUCCACGGUGACGACCUCAAGCAUUAUCUUUUGACACUUAUGUCUGUCACUGCAAAGCUGUACAAACACCCCAGUAUCUUGAACUCCAUCAGUAUAGUGGUUGUGAAGUUUAUGGUGAUUAAUGAGGCUGAGAAAGGACCUAAAGUAUCCAGUAACGCGGCGCUAACCCUGCGCAAUUUCUGCACCUGGCAGAAGAAGCUCAAUAAGAACAACGACAAACAUCCAGAGUACUGGGACACAGCUAUUUUGUUUACAAAACAGGACCUGUGUGGAGCCACUACGUGUGACACUCUUGGUAUGGCUGAUGUAGGCACCAUGUGUGAUCCUAAAAGGAGCUGUUCAGUAAUUGAAGAUGAUGGCCUCCCAUCAGCCUUCACAACUGCACACGAAUUAGGACAUGUCUUCAGUAUGCCACAUGACAAUGUAAAGGCUUGUGAAGAGGUAUUUGGAAAGUUAAAGGACAACCAUAUGAUGUCCCCCACACUGAUCCAAAUUGACCACCACAGUCCCUGGUCCAUCUGCAGUGCUGCCAUCAUCACUGACUUCCUGGAUUCUGGGCAUGGUGACUGUUUGCUGGAUCAGCCCCAAAAACUGCUGGCUUUACCAGAAGACCCUCCAGGCAUCAGCUACUCACUCAGUCGUCAAUGCGAGCUGGCCUUCGGUGCAGGAUCUAAGCCCUGUCCUUACAUGCAGGCCUGCUCCAAACUGUGGUGCACGGGAAAAGCUAAAGGACAGCUGGUGUGCCAGACUCGCCACUUUCCUUGGGCCGAUGGUACUAACUGUGGCACCAACAAGCUGUGCUACCGAGGGAUUUGUACUGAUAAGCAAAAUGCCACCAAAGUCAAGGUAGAUGGCCAUUGGGGUCGGUGGGGUCUGUAUGGUCCAUGUUCCCGUACAUGUGGUGGAGGGGUACAGCUGGCUAAGAGAGACUGUAACAACCCUGUCCCUGCAAAUGGAGGCAAAUACUGCCAAGGAUUGCGAGUGAAGCAUCGCUCCUGCAACUUGGAGCCCUGUAAAGAGUCAGGAAAGAGCUUUCGAGAGGAGCAGUGUGAGGCAUUCAAUGGCUUCAAUCUCAACACGAACAGACUUAGCCCCUCUGUGGUAUGGGUUCCUAAAUAUUCUGGAGUCUCUGUUAAGGACAGAUGCAAGCUUAUCUGCCGAGCCAACGGCACUGGAUACUUCUAUGUCCUUGCACAAAAGGUGGUGGACGGAACACCUUGUUCCCCCGAUACCUCAGCAGUUUGUGUUCAAGGAAGGUGCAUCAAGGCUGGCUGUGAUGGCAAGCUGAGCUCCAACAUGAAGUUUGACAAGUGUGGUGUUUGUGGCGGAGAUAACAAGAACUGCAAGAAAGUCUCUGGAAUGUUUUCAAAACCCAUACAUGGGUAUAACUUUGUGGUGACUCUACCUGUUGGGGCCGCAAACGUGGACGUAAGGCAGCGUGGUUACCGUGGUUUGGUCAACGAUGACAACUAUUUAGCAGUAAAGAACAUCCAUGGCAAGUAUCUCCUCAAUGGAAAUUUUGUGGUGUCAGCUGUAGAAAAAGACAUUAUUGUCAAGGGAAGUAUGCUGCGCUACAGUGGAACCGGCACAUCUGUGGAGAUGCUGCAGGCCUCCAGACCUCUUAAAGAGCCCCUAACAGUGGAAUUGUUGUCAGUGGGUAAAAUGACACCUCCUCGUGUGCGGUACACCUUCUACCUGACUGUGGGGUAUAAGGAGGACAAGAUCUCAAAGAAGGAGGACAGGAACCAUGCACAGAACAGUGUGCUGGAGAACGGCAAUAAAGUGGAACUAAAGAAGCCAGCCUAUCAGACACCUUCUUAUAAAUGGGUAGUGGCAGACUGGGAUAAGUGCUCUGUUACCUGUGGCAAUGGGGUCCAGAGCAGACUAAUACAUUGUUUGGACUCAGAUGGACAAACAGCCACACACUGUGAUAGCACCCAAAAGCCCAGUCUCAUGCGGGUGUGUGGUGACCCCUGCCCUAUGUGGAACACCGGUGAAUGGUCCCCAUGCUCUAAAACCUGUGGGAAAGGCUUUAAGAGACGUCCACUGCGCUGCAUAACUCAGACAGGGCUGCUUUUACCCAGAGAUCACUGCUCGAGCAAAAUAAAGCCACAAGAACUGGACUUUUGCACUGUUAAGCCCUGCUAGUGACUAUUUUAGUCUUUUGGAGUAAAAGAAGUGAUCUCUUCAGCCUGAUCUCAUGAAAAUAACAAGACCGUGGCAACAUUUUUGCAAAAUGGCAUUACGUGAUUUAUUACACGUGUUACAGCAGUUCGUAGGUGAAAUGUCCACUGUGUGGCACUUAAAGCAAGAUAAAUGUUUUCCCAAACAGAUGAGGUUUUUAGGGUUAAUGCUAUUUUGAGUUUUAAAUCAACAAAACCCUACCCUAAAUCUUAAACCUAAACAAUAGUGUUUUAAAAGCAAAUGUGAGAUUUGUGAAAUGUGAGACAGUUGCUAAAGCAACCACAUUAUUUUGUGGUGUUUCUACGACACUUUAAGUUCUUCUGAACUUAUACCCUGGUCCUUUGCAUUGCAAGCAUAACACUAUUUCAGUUCAGCUAACGAGCAACUUGAUUGAAUUGAAAAAGCUUGUAAAUGUAGUUGGUUGUGUAAUGCAAACUUUAAAAUGUACUGCCUAAGAAGUCAUGCACUAAAGCAAAAGUGUUUCGUUGUCAUAAAAUAGUGUGAGAAACUGAAGUCAUUGUUGUUUUAGCACCUCUAGUGUUCAUUUCACCGGGAAACUGCUGCGACACGUACAACGAACCAUGUAAAAAUUAUUUUGAAAAAAUGUAGGUAUAGUAACGUGACUCUGUGAGACCAGGUUGGCUCUCUUUUUUUAUAUGUGUCUAUAUGUGUGUGCAUGUGUGUGUGCCUGACCUUUGCAAUACGUAUAAUGUCAAAAAAUCAUGAUAACGGAUGAGUUUGAAAGGGUGCAAACUGUUUUACUAUUGUAUGUUAUGUUGAAAGGUACAGUUCCAUAUCGCCUACCUCGAAAAGGACAAUAGAGCAGCCAAAUAACACAGACCAUGUAAAGUUGUAAAAUGUUACACAUGUUUUUGUAAAAGUGCCAUGUCAAAAAACAGACAGUUACAACGGCAACUCUGCAUGUGAUUUGUAGAUGAAGUGAAGAUAGCGGUAUUGUGGCAAAAAUGUGGGUUUUUAGUAUUCAGAUAUUGCUUAAAUACAUGUGAACAAUUUGACCUGAUGCAUGUUAUAUGCAAAAAAUAGGGCAACUUGGUCCAUGCACUAUUAAUAAUUUGUAUUAAUAUAGCUGAACUAGCUAAUUAAUUUUAAAAGUGUUCUAAAUCGUCGAAGGUUCAACUUGCAGAAUUUAGGGUCACACACAAAAAAAGAUAGAUCCUAAACGUCAAAUUUACAUUAAUAAAAAUAAUAAUGUUAAUGUUUAAAUCUGAAGUAUUAAGCUAGAUGAAAAUGUGCUGUACACAAAGGGACAAAAAUAGUUAAUAUACAACUUAAUCAGUUUAGCUAUUUGCAUACAGUAUGUAAGUAUUCCAUAAGAAAUGUUCUUGAUUGUCUUGAUAUUCUUGUUGAUAUGGCCUUUAUACUGCACAUGAUUGUACAGAAAGGCUUCACAAAAUGUAAUAAAAGCAGGCCAUGGCCUGUCAUUGCAGAAAAGUGAUUUCUUUGCCACAUCUAAAAGUGUUAGUGAUAGUUUCCCCUCUUCGUUUGAUCUUUAAUAUUCCCCUCAAUAACAUGAAAAAAGUAGGCUAUAUUGUCUUGUCUGUCUACUAUGUCCACUAUGACUUGAUAGCUGUAAAAUCACCAUCUUCCUAGAAAAUUAACAAUGUUUUAGUGUAUGUGUAUUAGAUCUAUUCUCUGCUAGACAUAUGAAGAUUUAUUGUAACUUGUGCAAAUGACCCACCCAUGUAAACAAGAUCGAUUGUUGCUGUUUACUCAUUUCAUCUGAAAGGUGCUUCCUUAUUUCAUUUUUUGAUAUUAAUACAGCAAAAGGCACUUAUGUUUUCUACUGGAAUCCAUCGUAUACUAUGUAUACAUUCAUCACUGUGCACAAAUAAAUACAGAAAUGA